UGAAACAUGAGACGCACCUGUCUUACCUGUUUGAGCGCAACACAGCCUGAGACAUGUCUCGUCGCAAGCCUCCACGAACAGGCUUCUUGGAUCUACAGAUGUUUGUGUGUUUCCUCCGGCGCACUAGGUAACGCAGUCAUGAUGCAUCACAAUAGGAAGUACUCACCACCGCGCUACUGCGCCGUCGGGUCACCGCUAGCCCUGCCUCAGCUGAACCGAUUACCCAUCUUUCGGGUGGAAGAAGCUGAGCUGAUGGAGAAGAAUUCACCGAAAGCCAAAUCCAGAAUGCGCAACGCCAAGGUGAAGGCGGUGAGGAGAGCUCCGUCUCCCCAGAGGCCCCGCGUCUUUCCAAACCCCGCGCAAAGCGACGCGCUACUGAAGGUGGCAGAGAACGGGGCAGCCGGACAGCGGUCUAGAAAGAGGGGCUUCAAACCCCCGGAUGUCAGGACGAUAUUCGAACCUUCGGCCAAAGACCCCCGCGUGAAAGAGGAGAAAGGAGAAGGACACACGUUUUGUGAGGACGCGACGUACGCUUGGUGCGACGUGUGUUGCUCGUAUAUUUUUCACGGUGGCUUGACAUGUACAGUCAAAUCACCCGACGCAGCACAAAGAGAGAGAGAGAGAGUUACACACAAAUGAGUUACCGUGGAGAUUGCAUGGACGAGAGGCAGAUGAGUUUGUCCUUCUGUUCUGAGAGUGAACUGCACAGGAUGAGCUCUGUUUCUGACGGGAUGCUGUGAGUUAAGCGUUCGAGACAGAAAGCAUCAUCACUUGUAUACUUGAGUGGGAUGGGAGCAGCAUUCUGUAAACUUUACGGCAAAAUUACCCAGCAAGUCAAGCAUCAGUCUGCAGGUAGGUCAUAACAGUGACAGGAACUGAAAAAAAAAAAAAAACACCAAAGGGUUUUUUUUAGC